UGAAUCCUUCCCCAACACACUGAGCACCACCAGCGGUGACAAAUGAACAAAUUAUUCUAUGUUUAAAGAUAAAUACCUUAUGGAAAGAUUCAGAUAGUGAAGAACCACCAGAACAUCGUAGUCACUCAACAGAUUGAAUCAUUUAAUGUCGAGAAGUCUUUUGAUAUUGGACGUUACGCGGUAACAGUAGGAUUAUCAUGAAUUCACAAUCUCUUGAAGACAAUGAAACUUUAUAUGAUUCAUCAUAUGCAAAUUGUGACAUCAAAAAACGUCAACGUUCUGAUAAGAUUUCAAAUCUUAUGGGCCAGUAUCUUUUGAAAGGAUGGAGAAUGUUAAACGAAUCUUGUCCUAAAUGUGAGACUAUUCUUUUCCAACAACCAAAUGGUCAGUAUUAUUGUGUAGCUUGUUUAGAAGUUGAUCAGGAAAAACCCAAUUCUAUAAAAGAACCAUUGUUAGGUAACCAACGCUUACUCAACAAAUCACAGAAUUUUUCAACAGAAUCGUCGCCAUUUCGUAAUGACGUUGACAUUGGUUUACCAAAGAAAUUCACUGAUCCUCAGAUGAAACCGCUUUCCGAUAAUAAACAAACGUCAACCAAUGCGUGCAAUGAGAUUAGUAUACUAACAGAACUACGUGACAAAAUCCAUUGGUCUAUGUCCCAAUUAGUAGAAACUACUACACCUAUGGGGAUUCGGCAAUGGGUGGAUACACUCAAGUCUUUAUUAGAUCUAUGGGAUAAAUUGUUAAAAUCUAAUUUUGUCAAAUCCUAAUAUAAAAAAAGCCAUAUCCUAAGUGCAAGACUAUACGAAAUAUAUUUUUCUGAAUAUAAUUUUACCAAGAAUUAACAAAAUAAUAUUUUCUUCUGUAUUUUGUUACUUUAAUUUUUUUACUUUGCAAAUUUUGUGCAAUUUCUGAUUGAUAUGGUCUCAUAAAACACAAUCCGCAUUUAUAUACUACUCAGAUGUGAUCAAUAAUGCCUAUGUGAGCUUGGAGAGAAUUUAUUCUUAAGAAAAAUGUCAUUCAUCAAUAAUUUUGAUUAGUGUAGAUCCUGCUCUUCUGCCUAACAAAUAUUUGCUUCGUCCGGGGUUUGGGAAUAAGAAAACUCAUAGAAAUAUCUUAUCUUGAUGCCUUGGUUCUUGUGAGUCUUGUUAAUAGUGCAACCAUAAAAUCUCCCAGUUAGUGAUUAUCCAUAAGAUAGUAUGUAGUUGUAUUUAAGCAGCAUUAUUGAUUCCAGAACUUUCGAAAAUAUUUUGGUUUUCGUCUUCAGAAUGUCCGUGAGGGUAGCUAUUGCUGUCCUUUUGAUCCUAUCUAAAUGGCUAAAGUACACUUAGACGUAUUGAAUACUGAACACCAAACAACAUUUAGUCAGUUUACAUGCCAUUUUGUUAUGAUAACAAGGUUG